AUGGCUCGGCUGCGACAAAAUCUCGCCAAGUAUCGAAUUUAUCUGGAGCCAGGCAUGGAGGAGAAAAUACUCAUCGUGCCGGGAGAUUUUGGGCAGCCCAAUCUUGGGCUGGAUCAGCACAUGUACAAGCUCCUGGCAGCCUCGUCGAGUGUGGUCUUCCCCCUAGGUGCCCAAGUCAACUAUGUGCAGCCGUACUCCAGUCAUCGCGCAGCCAAUGUGCACAGCACGCUCCGGAUGAUCGAGUUUGCCAAUUCACAGCGACCCAAGAUGCUCCAUUACUGCUCCAGCAUCGCCGCCUACGGCCCGUCGGGUUUCGUGCUGGGGAGCCAGAUGGUGGCUGAGACGGUGGUCUGGAAUGCCAUUGACAAUGGGCUCCCCGUAGCAAUCUACCGGUCCGGAUUUGUCCUGGGGCAUACGCAGAGCGGGAUUGGCAAGCCAGACGACUUUGUCGGACGACUCUUCAAGAGCUGUUUCGAGACGGGUUGCUAUCCUAUCCUUCCCGCCCAGCGCAAGGAGUUCAUCCCGGUCGAUUUUGUUGUGGGCGCUUUGCUGCAUAUUGCCACCUCUCCGGCAAGGCUCCGGAAGGCCUACAACCUCAUUCAGCCUCGACACGAGGCAGCUAUCGAUAUGGUCACAACCUUCAAACUGCUCAACGGCUUGUCACCCACCCCGAUGCAGGGAAUGCCAUAUGCUGACUGGGUUCAACGCUUGUUGCUGGAGCUGCGCGGCCCUUUGCACCCCUUGAUCCCCAUGCUACAGGAGACGGUCCUCGGGGAGAUGACACGGUGGGAGAUCCAGGAGCACAUGGCAAUUUACGGCACAGAGAAUAUGCGGCAGGCGCUUUCCGAUGCUCCGGAACUAUUGCGCUGUGAGCCCAUGUCGGCGCUGUUCGAGCGAUAUGUCGCCCAGUGGAUGCCGUCCCGGUUGUCACGAAAAUGA